UAGUACUUAUUAUAAAAAUAGCUAAGUUUAGCAACUAUUUUUAUACAAAAAUUAUAAUUUGAGUAACUAUUUAUAAAAUUAAACCAAAAAUUGUAGAAAUGUUUGAAACCAUUAAGAAAAUGAAAAUGAUAAGAAUUUCAUUGUUCUUCCCUCCAAAAAUUUCAAAAGUUUCCCGCAAAAUGAAAGAAAUCUAAAACCCUAGUUCAGUUUGGAUCCCCAUUUUCAUUUUCUCAAACCAGACGCAAAUACAGAAAUCAAGCGUUGUUAACUCAGUAAUCAGCGAAGACAAUGUCGACACCUAACCACCAAGACGAUCUCGAUCUCCUCAUGUCGCUCGAGGAUCGCGUGCUCGAAACGCCACCGGCUUCUCCAUCAGGGUAUUUGUCAGAUGAUGGGAGGCAACAGCGAACUGGGCCUGUGGAUUUGUCUGCUUUCCGAGAUGUGGUGGGAGAUUGCCUUGAUUAUGAUGCUAAAGAUGCCAAGAGAGCUCGGAGCUCUGGGAAGAGCAAGAGCAAAAGCUCGAAAGAUAUUGAAGUUGAGAAGUUUUCAGGAUUGCGAAUCAGGAAUCCAGUGGUCUCCCGUGUUGAGUUGAGCAACCAUUUAUCGGAUAUUAAAUAUGUUCAGUUAGACACAAUAAAGAAUUUGAUAAAAGGAGAUACUCUGUCUGGGUGUUGGGCCACUAUUGGUGUUUUAGCAGAAAAGGGUGCACCGAGGAUGAGUUCUAUAGGAAAGACUUUUGCAAUUUGGAAAAUUGGAUGCUUAGGUGAUGAGACCAUUUCUCUCUUCUUGUUUGGGGAUGCAUAUCAAAAGAGCUGUGAGGCGAAAGUUGGAACCAUCUUCGCCCUACUCAAUUGCAGCAUCCGCAAAGAUAAACCAGGAACAUUUUCAUUGAGUAUCUUUGCAGCUAAGCAUAUUCUGAAGCUAGGCACUUCUGCAGAUAUGGGGGUUUGUCAGGGAAAAGGAAAGGAAGGAGCCCCUUGCACAGCAGUUAUCGACAAACGGCGUAGAAAAUUCUGCAACUUCCACGCACAGAAUUCUUCGAAGAAAUACACAUCUACAAGGACAGAGCUCAAAGGAGGGAAUUUAAGGACAGGCUACAGAGAUUAUCUCAAGUCUGAAGGAAUCUAUGUGGUGAAACCUAAAGAAGAGAAAACAAGCUCAACAAAGUCUACUAAGUUAUUGUCUGUGGAAGGACUUAAGAGAGCAUUGAGCAAGGCAGCCAAAGUGACAACAAAUGUACACUCUCAAGGAAUAAGGUUUAUGAAUCACAUCACAGCGGAAAGGGAUAUCAAAUUGAACAAAGCCGCUAGCCUUCCACGUCAGCAAACGAGUAGACCAGACAACAACAGGUUGGUCAGAUUCAGAAAAGGCCAAGAACCAGAUGCCAAGAGAUUGAAAGCAGAUCCGAAGAAGUCCCAAGAAAAGAACACCAAAGAGGUUGGUGUUAAGAUGAUUGAGUUAGAUUUUCCUAGUUCCGAUGAAGAGCUUUGACCUCCUACUUGUCUCCCGAAUUCUUGAAAAUUUUGAAGAUUUACCGUACAAAAGCUUGUGUCGCUAUUUGAUUGGGCGAAAUUUUUGAUAGACGGAUUGGGGUUGAAGCACUGUCUAAUAAUUCUUGAUCCGUCAACCAAUCUGAGAAGGAUUAUGUAUUUAUUUAUCUGGAAAAUUUUGGGCUCAUUUUUUAUUUUACA